AUGUUCACUUCAAUCUCUGGGUCGAUGUUGACGAUAUAUUGUUUGAUAUCAGGAAGUUGGUUGUUGUAUUUGAAAUUCUACAGCCCAAGACAUAUCCAUCAUUUUUGGGAGGUGGAAACAUCCCCUUAUUAUUCACCAUCUUCGGAUCAUAGUCGUAGCCCGGAUAUCGAGGAUAAAACUGCUACAUUUGAGUUGGAAGAUAUGCGCAAAUUACAGGAUGAUAUUCAUGCGACAAAUGAGUUACUAAUCGACCGCCUUAACAAACAUAAAGACCAGAAGAGCAUGAACCAUGGGCAUAUAUCUCCUCCACUUUUGUUUGGUGUUAGCUGGUUUCUUCUAAACUUCCUUUAUCAGUUCACAGAAAGUACAAACGUUUUUAAGUUUAUCGUGGCUUGGGUCUUUUACGUGGUGCUUUACUUCAUAGUUCCCAUAAUAGCUGCUUACUGGUUGUAUUUGUUUCACCCUCCGGGCGCAUUGAAGCUCUAUGCUUUUGCCAUGGGUCUUCAGAACAUUGCUAGUGUAAUGACACAUAUAGUAUUCCCAAAUGCUCCUCCACUAUACAUCCACUAUUAUGGUGAAACCAAGGUUCCAGAUUAUGACAUGAUUUAUGCUGAUGGUUUAAGUAAGCCCGGCACUCGUGUUCCUAGCACCAUAUACCAAUCAAUAUAUUAUGCCAAUUCCAAUAAAUUUGCGGCAAUCCCUUCUAUUCAUUCUACCACAGCCGUUAUGACAUUCUUGUUUGUCAGCUACUAUUCAAGGAAUUCUAUCUUAAAGUUUUUGUCAUUUGCAUUUCUUUUGUUCGAAUGGUGGUCAACCCUUUACCUCGAACAUCAUUACAGAUUAGAUCUAUUCGUUGGCUUAAUAUACUCCAUAUGCAUAUACACAUUUUUAAUUCAUUGGAAAAAGGGUUUUACAAAAGUUGACCAAGACUUCAUACGUGCCAGACUUAAGUACGACUUUAUUGGUGGCACUACUAUGGGUAUGAGAAUUUUCCAAAAUACUAGAUUUCAGAAGUUUUUUGAUCCAUUAUUAUAG